UUGUCAUCACUAAGGCGCUCAAUUUUCAGCAUAGCUGAUAUAAGUAAACCUACGUCGUUUUUUAUUAAUGGAGGUAAAACUUGGAUUUCUGCGUGCCUGCAAGAAUCAUAGUUGUCUUAGCCAUGAGCUGAUUGAUCAAAUACUCACACCAUUAUGUGAACACCAUAAUGUUCGCAAGCCAUCCCAAUUGGAGGAUCUGAAAACGUUUGUUAAGGAGAUUGAUGAAUCCAUUGGCGAAUAUAAUCAAACGCUGACAUUCAUCAAGCAUCCCAUCAAGGGCAAGGAAUAUUUGGUUUAUGCCAAAACCGAUGCGACACCAGAUUCUGCAGUUGGCUUAAGCACUAUGGCUGCUGUCGAGUAUCAAUACUUUUCCAUUCUAUUGGACAAAAUAGCUCAAGAGGAUGACUGUUCUAUACCCUGGACUGGAGCGUAUAAAGAUUUGGGUUUUGAGGCAUCGGCCAAGCCACCAAAAAAGAAUCGCUUACAGGUUUUGCUACACAAAUGGUGUGAAAUGGGCUAUUUUUUAGCUGAAGAUGACAAAAUCUAUCUGGGUCCACGCAGUCUCGUUGAAUUCGAAUUCUAUCUGCUAACCAAUCAUCCAGGGACAAUCAAGAAAUGUGUACUCUGUAACAACGUGGUACUAUGGGAUAUUAGAUGUGCCUCCUGUCAGGAACAAAUUCAUCGUGAUUGCAUUCAUAAAUAUUUGCAAAGGCGUUCCCAUUGUCCGGCCUGCAAUAGUCUAUGGACGACACCAACGCGUCGAUCUAACUCAUAAAAGAGAUAUUUAGGAUUAACUGUAAAAGUUCUAACAGGAUAUACUUUAAAUGUCAAUGAAAUGUUUCUUUAAGUAUUUUUGUCUAGUUUGUUAAGAACAAAGUAAAUUUAGUAAUCAUUUUAAUCGAAAAAAAAAAUAGACGUAUUAAAUCCCAACAACUACUUAUUAAAA